AUGUCGGACGAGCACACCAGAAGACGGCGACGCCGGGACGAUGAAAGGAUUGAUUUCAGGCUGUUGACGUACUUUUUGUACGAAAAGGAACAAAAAGAGACGGAAGAGACGGAAGAACAAGCAGAAGAACAGGAAGAGGAAAAGGAAGAGCAAGAAGAAAAGGCAAAGGAAGAAGGAGUCCAAACCGCAGGUCGACCUCCUUCAUCACGGACCGGUGGUGGCACGCCCUUUUCUCAAACAACAAACGACAACACACACUCGUCCACGGUGGCUGGAGUGGACGAUUCUGAUCAGAAUGAGGAGGAAACCCCCCAGAACGAUGGGGAGUUUAGCGAGGCAACCACGCCAACGGCCACUGACAAGGAGCUCCCGGAUGUUUUGAUGGUCGAAUUCGAUGGUUCUGCCUCUCUGUACAAUAGAUGUAAGAUAUGA